AUGGCCUCUGCAAAGUCGGUCGAUCGCGUUUGGGCGCUCCACGACUUUGAGGCCGAAAACCCAGACGAGGUCUCCUUCAAGGCUGGCGAGUGCAUCAUCGUGGUCGAAAAGGAUGACGAGUACGGCGACGGAUGGUGGCAGGGUACCAACGAGAGCGGUCACACCGGUCUCUUCCCCUUUACCUACACCACCAUCGAUCGCAACCUCGCUCUCAGCGCUCAAUCGGGCAUUGCGACUCCAGACGCACUCGGCACUCCUCAGCCCGCCUCCGCUAGCACCAAGCCCGGCGUGAUGCACUCCACCAUGGCCGACAUUGACAACGCUCUCACAGAGCUUCAAAGCGAUCGCAAACCGCCCAGCGUCAACGGCAACGGCGCAGGUGCAAGUGCUGCGCCCGCUCCCGACUCGUCUCGUGCUUCCUUCACCAGCGAGCGAACCGAUGCCGAUGACCACUCCGACAACUUUGGUGAAUCCGACGACUUUGCCAGCAGAUCCGUCGCCGCCCGCGCUGCCCUCGCUGCCAACGCGCAGAAGAACCUCGCAAACGAUGCAGAACGCCAAAAGCAGGAGGAGCAGCGCAUGCGUGCAGACGCUCAGCGCGAGUUUGAGGAGGAAGAGCAACGUCAGCGCGUGCUGCUUCUCGAAAAGGAAAAGGAACGCCAAGUCAAACUUGCCGCUGGCGAGAUCGACCUUGCUGAAGAAAAGUCUAAAGCUUCUGCUCCCAUCGCUGGCGUAGACAUGAGCGACGAGAGCGAUAGCGAAGGCUCGGUCGCUGGCCGACUCGACGACUUCCAGGACAAGACGCACAGCCCGCUCUUUGGCGACCUCGCCUCCACUCCCACCGAGGCUGUGGCGGCACGAGAGAUCCAGGCACCCACAUCGAAUCUGCAAGGCAUCGUCGAGGAUGAGGCUCUCACGCAGCCUCGAUCGCGUCUCAAUGAGACGCCCGCAGAAUCGUCCGCGCCAGCUUCGGCACCUCUCACCUCGAACGACUUUACCCCUGCCGUCGCACCGGAUGCAGAAGCUGCAAAGGCUGUGGCUCCGCCCACCGAGUCUCAUUCCAACGCUGCUCCCGCUCUUGCAGCCGGAGUCGGCGCAGUCGCCCUCGGUGGCGUCGCUGCUACCACUGCGCACGGAGUUGCCACUGGUGAUCGAUCCGCCAACGGCUCCUUUGUCAACGAUUCAGUCGCUCCGGCUGCGGAUGAAAGUGUCCGAUCUAUUGCUGGCGACAGCGCUCAAACAGGCGCAGGCACCGGCGUGGCCACGGGCACUGCAACUGCAGCCACAUCGAUCGCCGCUCCGACCAACGAGGACCUGUCCCAGACCGCUUCCACUACUGCCGCGACAGGAUCCAAGUCUCGAUCUGCCGUUGCAACUGCCAGCCUGCCCAGCGAUCCAACCGAAUGGAAUGUCGACCACGUCGUCGAGUGGGCUCGCUCAAAGGGCUGGGACGAGUCGGCGGUGGUCGGUAAGUUCCGCGAGCACGAGAUCUCGGGUGACGUCCUGCUCGAGAUGGACAUCAACAUUCUCAGGGAGAUCGAUAUUCUCGCCUUUGGCAAGCGUUUCCAGGUCGCCAAUGGUAUCAAGGAGUUGCGUGCUCAGGUGCCUGGCGCCGCCACCACUCCUGGUCUGUCGCAGCCCGCUCAGGCUGACGGUUUGGGAAGCCCUGCGAUGAUUGCUCCCGGUGUAGGCAGCGCUGGGGGCACCCCUUCGUACUCGCCCUAUACGCCUGGAUCGCACAAUGGCAGCAACGCUGACGGACGCAGCCUCAGUGCACGCAUGGCUGAGACAAGCUUGGAUCAGAGCUUUGCGGCACCCAGUUCAAGUCGACCUGGAAGCUACCGCGAUGAGCGCGAUCGCGACUCGUUCGGUGUUCCCAACCAAGGGCUUGGAGGCGGGCAAGGUUUCGGCGGUGCAGCGGGUGUUGCGGCUUGGCAGGCACAGCAAGCGGGUCAGGGCGCCCGAUCGCGACAAACGAGUGAGGGCUUCAUGCGGGGCAGCGGCGAUGCUCCACUAUCUCCCACCAGUGCUUCUCAGUUCGGCAUGUCCAGUCCGCGAUACCAACCGACUGGUGGCGCCAACGAGGACAGACUUGGAGCGUUGCCCACCUCGCCACGCAAGCGGGAAUCGACCGGAUCGGCGGGCACGUCGGAGAAGAACAACCGAUCGAGCUUCUUUGGUCUCGGCCAGCGCAAUCGCAAGCCGCCGCCUGGACAGGCUGGAGGCGCCGGUGGACCAGGCAGCAGCGGACACGACGAUGAGAGAAACAGCGGCAAGGGCACACUCUCGCGCCUUGGAUUUGCACGCAGCUCACGCAACAUCAGCUCGCAGUCUUCGCAGUCCAACAUCAAGGAGCAGAUCUCGCUGCCCACUUCGAGUCCGCACUUUGAUUCGAACGGAGAUACGGUGCGACGACAGAGGCAGUCGACGGGUGGGUUUACUGCAACGGGUGCGGCGGGUGCGGCUGGAGCUGCGGCGGGGAUGGGCAUGGGCGCCAAUGCGCGACCCACGAGCAUCGGGUCUGCUGGCGUGGAUGCUGCGCCUGCCCCCACUGCUGCGGGCGCAGGCACCCCAGCCGCCAAUGGCCCCGUCAUGGCACGCAUCCAGCCCGUUGAUCUGGAAGGCUGGAUCAAGAAGAAGGGCGAACGGUACAACUCGUGGAAACCGCGCUACUUGGCACUCAAGGGACCGGAUCUGGUCAUUCUGCGCGACCCUCGCGCCGAAAAGAUCAAGGGUUACGUCAACAUGAAGGGUUACAAGGUGAUUGCCGACGAGAACACCAACCCAGGCAAAUACGGGUUCAAGAUCCUGCACGAGUCCGAGAAGCCGCACUACUUCAGUAGCGAGGACCCGAUCCUGGUGCGCGAGUGGAUGAAGGCUUUGAUGAAGAGCACCAUCGGGAGGGAUCACAGCUUCCCUGUGAUUUCGAGCUACAACAACGCGACGAUCAGCUUGAAGGAGGCGCAGAGGAUGAAUCCGCCCCCGAGACCGCCGAGUCCGACCAGCAGAGCCAGGACGCAGCGGGCCAAGGCGAGGCCGAAUCCGGAACAGCUGACGGCGCGGGAUGCGGCGAUUCUGAUGAACUUGACCAGUGGUCAGCCCACUCGGGCGGAUGAUUUGUAA